AUGCCUGCGCGGCCAGAACGGCACUUGAUUGUGCUGUUGCGCGUCUGCAAAGCGCCGAAACGCGUCUUCACGAGCUUCCCAGUCAUUCCCGAGUCGAAAGAGCUCCCCCACUUUGUCCAGCAGCGGCGCAGCUGA